AUUCUAUUAAGACCCUUUUUUUUUUCUAUUGAAAUAUAAAAUAGAAAUAUUGAUGAAGCAUUAAAUGGAUUCCGAGGUGAUCUCCCAGCCCUUGGGUAAUCCCCAUUUUAAAGAUAAAAAAAAGCAAAAAAUAAAAGAUAGGCUAAUAAUAGAAUCUAAUAAAGAGAAAUAUGUUUUAAAUGAAAGAAGAUCAAGUGUAAUUGAAUUAAGCUCAGAUUUAUACCAAGAAGAUAAUGAAUGUUCAAUACAUAAUAAUACAACACCUGAUAUUAAGCCAAUUUCAUCUUCUUCAACACCUUCGAUACCUCAUAAAACUCAUAACUCAAUAGAUGCAACUGAACGAAUGCAAUUCUUACAUGAAAUGGAACAAGCUAGAAAAGAACUAGCUGAAUUUCGAAGGAACAUGGCCGGUUUAAUUAAGCAAAUGGAUGGCAUUACUGUUGAUUUGGAAAAAUCGAAAGAUAGAGUUUGUAAGUCUGAAAUCGAACAAGACUUAACAGCAACAGAAGAGGUGAAUGUGAAUUUACAAGUUUUAUUAGAAAAGGCAGUUAAGACACAAAAAGAAUCCGAUAUAUUUGCUACUCAAGCUAUAAGGAAUAUGUAUUCUGACCUUGCCUCUAUUGUAUAUGAAAAUAACCAAUUACAAGGUAGAUUAUCAUCAAUCGAAAUUCAUCAAAGAGAACAAAAGGGAAGUGUACAUGAUGUGGUGAACAGGAUGUUUGAAUACACAAAAAUGCUUGAGCAGGCUCAAGGCACAAUACACAUGUUACAAGAACCGAGGCUUGUGAAAUUAGCCUCAAUUGGAUCUUCAUCUUCUAUUUCAACUAUUUCCAGAAGAACAAGUAUUCUUUCUCUUGAUGACGAUGAUGACGAUGACGACGACGACGACGAUGAUGAUGAUGAUGAUUCUUCGGUUAUAUCUAUAAAGCCUAAACCUGGAUCAAGCUAUAUUCAGUCACCGCCUUUAGGUCCCCAAGCCUCUAUUCCUCUCAUUAGGCCCCAACAAGGUUUACGAAUGCUUUUUGAUAACCAUUCUGGAAAUCAACUUGGUUUAAGUUCGCUAGCGCCGAAAAAAUGAUUACAAUUCUAAUUCUAAUUCUAACUUGUGUUUCAUAUUUUAUUUUUUUCUAUCUUACUUUUCAUUUGUACUAAUAAUAAACUAAUAUUUGUAUAAUUCAUGCUAUCUAUUGAA